GGGCCGGGAAAGUCCGGCCCAGUCAUUCGGGGCGCGGGGGGAGAAGCCCCAAAAGCGCGUCCGUUCCGGUAAGGAAAGAGUCAAUGGCUGCGGCUCGCCCCGCUCCGGCUCGCACACGCCACUUCCCCGAGCGGGGCUGACUCAUCCCGGGCUCCGUCCCGCUCCGCGACACCCGCGCUCCGCUCCGGCCGCCCCGGAGCGCUGCCCGAGCCUCCGCCGGUCCCGUCCCGAACCCACAGGCAGCGAUUUCCCCCCAUGGAGAAGAACCAAGAGCCGCAAGGAGACCCCCGGGACCCCCCCAGCCCCGCCCAGCCCGCCGACGCGCCGGGGGCCGGGGAUGACGCCGAGAAGGACAAGGCGGUGGGAGAAGGUGGGGACAAGGACAAGGAGGAGAAGGACGAGGAGGACAAGGAGAAGGAGAAGGAGGAAGAGGAGGCUUUCCUCGUCAGCCUCUACAAGUUCAUGAAGGAGCGGCACACGCCCAUCGAGAGGAUCCCGCACCUCGGCUUCAAGCAGAUUAACCUCUGGAAGAUCUACAAGGCCGUGGAAAAGCUGGGAGCCUACGAGCUGGUGACGGGCCGCCGGCUCUGGAAGAACGUCUACGACGAGCUCGGGGGCAGCCCCGGCAGCACCAGCGCGGCCACCUGCACCCGGCGCCACUACGAGAGGCUCGUCCUUCCCUACGUGCGGCACCUCAAGGGCGAGGAGGACAAACCGCUGCCGCCCAGCAAACCCCGCCGGCAGUACAAGGUCUCCAAGGACGACAAGAGCAAGAGGGCCAGGAAGGAGAAGGGCGGCGAGCAGCCCGGGCCGCGGCACCCACGGCCCGACCGCUCCGCUUCGCAGGUGGCUCCGGACAAGGCGCGGCCGGAGGCGGGCGGAGGACGCGGCGGAGCGGGCCCGGGGACAGACGGACGCUCCAGCCCGGCCGUGCCGGCCGCCAGCCCCUCGGGGAGCUGCCCCAGCCCCUGCAGGAGCCACAGCGAGACCUACAAGCGCCUCUUCUCCAGCUUCUACUCCAAAGGGAACCACCCCAUCAUGUCCCCGCUGGCCAAGAAGAAGCUGCUGGCGCAGGUGAGCAAGGCCGAGUCCUUGCACUGCCACAAGCGCCAGUGCCCCGGGGCCGCCGGGCACCGAAGCGACAGCGGCCCCGAGCCGCCGGCCCCCGGGCCUGCGCCGGCCGAGCAGAGGAGCCCGGAGCCCUGGGAGCUCCGGACCGAAGCGGCGAAGCGAGGCGGGCCCGCCCGCAGCGCAUCCCCCGGGCGGGCAGAGACAGCCGGGCUGCCCAGGACGGGGCGCGGCCCCGCCGUGUUCACCGGCUACUUCCACGCCUACCAGGAGGGCCCGCAGCCCGGCGGCUGUGCCCCGCUCUGGGGCUACUUCUACCUGAAGGAUUUUUUGAGCCGCCCUCCGCCUUCGGCGCGGCCCGAGGAGCCCGAGCAGCCCCGGAGCUGCGGAGCCCGGCGGGCGGCGGCGGGGAGGGCCGGGCCGCCGCCGUCAGGCCUGCUGGGUGCCCCCCGGGGCCACCGGCCCCGCCACGCGCCCCGGGCCGGCCACGAGGAGGAGGAGGAAGAUGAUGAUAGGGAGGAGGAGGAGGACGAGGAGCCCUUCGGCCCCACUGCCAAGGGCCGCGCCGUGUCCCCUUUGGCCAGGGAGGGCAGGGACAGGCGGAGCCGCUCCGGCGCUCACCGAGUGCUGGCCAAGCCCAAGGCCGUGGUGGCCGCUCCGGCUUUCCCCGCGCGCUGCCGCCGGACGCUUUCAAGGGAGCCGCGCUGCACUUCCCGGGCGCCGUCGGGAGCCCCUGGAGCAGCUGAGAACCCAGGGCGUGCCGGCGGCCCCGGCGCUGUCCGUGAGCCCCCUGGUGAUCCCGGCCUUCCCCAGCCCUUUGGUGCUGCCCUCCGAGCUGUGCCGCCCGCUGGCCAGCGGCGCCCGCCCGCCCCGCGUCCUACGGCGGCUCGGCCCGGCUGUACCCGGCGGCUCCGUGGCACGGGCAGCGCUCCUGCGGCUCCCCGCACGUGCCGGCCUUCCCGCACCACGGCCGGCCCUAGCGCUGUGCCACGGCCGGGGACAGCCAGGGGACAAUGCGGACUGGGCCGUUCCCAUUGCCCAGCUCUGAGCUGCUCGUGGCUCCGCUGGGGGCGCCCCACGGUUCUAUUUUCUAUAUAUCCAUACACAAAUCUAUAAAAAAGGGAGCAAAAGCGGUGCUGGAAGUCUCU